AUGGAUCCAAUCGAAGAAUACAAGCCUCCACCGCUUCCUUCCCCUUUCUUUAAUACAAAUCCGGCGCCUAGCCUUAUCACUCAGGGUGCCGAGGCCCACCUCUACAAAACAGUCUCUCUCAACCCCUCCAUCCCGGCCGCCUUGAAGAUCCGCCCCUCCAAACCAUAUCGACACCCAAUCCUUGAUCGCCGUCUGACACGUCAACGAAUAAUUCAAGAGGCACGAUGUCUAGUGAAGCUAGUGCGGGAAGGUGUCAAUGUCCCUGCAGUCCUAGCGCUAGACUGGGAGGGUCAGGGCGGCGAGAGUGGGUGGGGAGGGGCAUGGUUACUGAUGGAAUGGAUUGAAGGGCCGGUGAUCCGCGUUGUACUUGAGCAAUGGGAGGCAUGGAUGAAGGAGAAUAAGGCAUCCUUGGAUCAAACACAGCUUGAGCAGGAGGAAGCGCGCGUGCGGGAUCUGCUUAAGCGCAUUGGAUUUACUCUCGGUGGGCUACACAAAGCUGGUGUGGUUCAUGGAGAUCUGACGACAAGUAAUCUCAUGCUACGGCCCCCGGCUCAACCUCUGGAGGGAAAUGAGAUACAAAAUGGUGCUUCGAUGGAAGGAGAAAUUGUCUUGAUUGAUUUUGGAUUGGCGUCGCAAAGUUUGCAGGACGAGGAUCGCGCUGUUGACUUGUAUGUGCUGGAGCGAGCAAUUGGCAGCACGCACCCGCGGUCUGAGCCUCUCUUUGACGAACUACUUCAGGGAUAUAGAGAAAGCCAUAAGGGCGCUAAAGCUACGCUUAGGAGGCUCGAGGAUGUACGAAUGAGAGGCCGAAAGCGAAGCAUGCUUGGGUAA